CGGAGUCUUCAACGUUAGCUUUUUCUGUUACAGCAAAUGGCGGACGACGCCGGUGCUGCGGGAGGCGCGGGGGCGGCCCGAGGGGGCUUCCGCGGCGGCUUCGGGACCGGGCUGCGGGGCCGCGGGCGAGGCCGCGGCAGGGGCCGAGGAAGAGGCCGCGGGGCCCGCGGAGGCAAGGCCGAGGAUAAGGAAUGGAUUCCUGUCACCAAACUCGGCCGCCUGGUGAAGGACAUGAAGAUCAAGUCUCUUGAGGAGAUCUAUCUCUUCUCGCUUCCCAUCAAGGAGUCAGAGAUUAUCGAUUUCUUCCUGGGGUCUUCUCUGAAAGAUGAGGUGUUGAAGAUCAUGCCUGUGCAGAAGCAGACACGUGCUGGUCAGCGUACCCGGUUUAAGGCUUUUGUUGCCAUCGGGGACUACAACGGCCAUGUUGGUCUGGGUGUUAAAUGCUCUAAAGAAGUUGCCACUGCUAUCCGUGGGGCCAUCAUUUUGGCGAAGCUGUCCAUCGUGCCUGUGCGCCGCGGCUACUGGGGGAACAAGAUCGGCAAGCCCCACACUGUGCCGUGCAAGGUCACUGGCCGGUGCGGCUCCGUCCUUGUGCGUCUGAUCCCGGCGCCCCGUGGAACAGGGAUCGUCUCUGCCCCGGUCCCCAAGAAGCUGCUGAUGAUGGCUGGAAUCGAUGACUGCUACACUUCGGCCCGCGGCUGCACUGCCACCCUUGGCAACUUCGCUAAAGCCACCUUCGACGCCAUCUCCAAGACCUACAGUUACCUGACUCCGGACCUCUGGAAAGAGACUGUCUUCACCAAGUCCCCGUACCAGGAGUUCACGGAUCACCUGGCGAAGACCCACACCAGAGUCUCGGUGCAGCGAACCCAGGCAGCUGCAGUGGCAACGACCUAAGUGGGUUUUGUACAAGACAAUAAAGUGAUCAGUGAAUGAAAAACUGU